UAACCCCUCCUCCUGUCGUGACCAGUUUCAGGACGAGUCACCACGCAUAAAGUCCGGGAACUCCUCCUGUGUUAAUCGAUAUUUCUUCGGAUCAGGUAUACAUAAGAACUCUCCGACUUAUGCCCGAAGCGGCGUAGAAACUCGUGAACUGCAGGGCCCUUUGGUCUCAGAUCCAAGCAACAUGCAGCGUUUCUUGACCAACCUAUUGCUCUUCACUAGUUCAGUCGUGGCUCAGAUACACGGACGGUACGGAAACGUCUACAAUACAAGGAGCCAAACUGUGGGCUUGCGGAGCAAGCUGUUUAACAUCACAACGCCUCAGCCGGCAGCCCAGCGCUGCGCCUUUUGUCGGAUGGAGCCCAACACGGACCUCGGCGAUGGCUGCCUAUCUAUUACCGGCCCCGUGCUGUUCUCCCAGAUCGCUCCGAACGGCAAACUCAAAGCGUAUUUCAACUUGCAGGGAUUCCCGCAGUCCGACUCCCAGUCGCUGCGCGCCAUGCAUGUCCACCAGUACGGAGUGGUGAACGGUAGGUGUUCCACUACCGGGCCGCAUUACAAUCCCCGAAAUGUCAACCACCCCCGGCACCCCGGUGACUUCAACAACUUCAAGGUGAAGGGCGGCAGGAUCGUGAAGUUGUUGAUUAACCUCAAAGCCAAACUGUUCGGACAGGAAUCGAUCCUCGGCCGUGGGCUGGUGCUCCACGAGCAGGAAGAUGACCUGGGGCUCGGCGGCAACAAGGAAAGUUUGAAGACUGGGAAUUCUGGCCGAAGGCUGGCGUGUUGCACCAUCACACUCACCAACUGUGACCUCUGGAAUCAUACGGUGACCAUCACGUGAAGCCCGGAUCCCCACUAUCAACAGACAGAUUGUGGCAAUUUAACCUGUUACCUUCUCUCUCUUCAGGAAAUUAAAGUUUAGAAGAUAGUGCUCACCACUCACACGAUUACGAUUUAAGUAAUAUCAAUCUGUCGGGUAAAAUUUAAACACCUAAUCCUUUAGGCUGUAAACUUCGGAAAUACCAGAAUGGUAAUUUUUGCCGUUUGAAUUCCCCACACGGUUUUAUGCGUUCUGACUUAAAAGUACGGGGUAACGUACCAAUCGCAGAAUUUAAAGGGUAAAAGCGUGUAAUUGCGCUAGCCGGUGCAAUAAAGCCUUGUGCUCGUUUCUGCUAUACGUUGAAUCUAUGGCGGUAAAUAUCAAAUUUUGAAUUCGUUCUGGUAGUCUUCAGUGUCGAUAUUCACAACUAACGUAAGCUUCGCAACCUGUUAAAUCAUGAUGGUAAUUUCGGCUUGAUCAUAAAAACGGAGAU